GUUUCGGCACAGUCGGUGUACGAUACGGUGGACGAGUUGUUACAUGUUUUCUGUGAUCUGUUUUGUUAAUUUAUAGAAAUUCUGUGAUAUCUAAUUUAUUUCAUUUGGUACCGAAUGAAAUAAAGUGGACAAUGAGCGAAGAAGUAGUAUCAAGCGAGGACAUCCCACGAGCUAAUGGCCAACUCAGUAUCAGCUAUGGAUCUGAUGGAUUCAUGGAGCGACAACAAUCUACAACAGCUAGCGAUGUCAUGGCACUGAAUCAAACUGCCAACGAUUCUGUUGUUGAGAAGGAGUACCAUCAGGAUCGAUCAACAGCUCGCAUGCGUCGGUUAGAGUACCUGGAGGAUAAGUUCGGCCAGUUUACGAGAUUUACCCAGCAACGUAUACUAGAUCGAGCCAAAUCGGCUGCGGGGCAUCGUGCACCGUUAGAAGAAAACAAUAACAAUGUUGCAAAGCCGAUUGUACAAGGGGACAAGCGACGAAAGCAUCAGGAUACGGUCGAGGAGCACCAGAACGAUUCUAACGAAUCCUACUUUGCUAAAUCACCGUCGUUCAUCAAUGGUCAAAUGCGAGACUACCAAAUCGAGGGACUGAACUGGUUGAUAUCGAUGUAUAACAACGGCAUUAACGGAAUUUUGGCCGAUGAAAUGGGCUUGGGUAAAACACUGCAGGCAAUCGCAAUGCUAGGAUAUUUGCGACAUUACAAGAAAAUUAAAGGUCCUCAUUUAGUCAUCGUUCCAUUGUCGACGAUCAGUAAUUGGGAACGAGAAUUUCAACACUUCUUGCCCGCUUGCCGUGUUCUGCACGGUCACUGUUAUAAAGACGAAAAGCGAGAUUUACGCGCGAUUUUAAAUGCACAUCGUCGGACCUGGGAUGUGGUUGUAACCAGCUACGAUUUUUUCGCGACAGAAAUGUCUGCUUUCAGGCGUAUUAACUAUCAGUACGUGGUUAUUGACGAGGCUCAGCGCUGUAAGAACGAAAAUGUGCGCCUUUCUCGCGAGCUUCGAAAUUUGACUUACCGAAGCAUAUUGUUCCUAACGGGAACCCCGAUCAACAAUAAUCUUCACGAAUUGUGGGCGAUGUUGAAUCUUCUCCUACCAGAGUUCUUUCCAAAUGCAGAUGAUUUUGACUCCUGGUUUAGGGUGGAGGAUUGUAUCGAUCCCAAUCACGAGCGAGCAGUGAGACUAAAAAAUAUUCUCCAACCUGUUCUGCUCCGCCGAAUUAAAGCAGAUGUAGAGCUCGGUUUACCACCAAAGAUUAAAACAACAUUGUUCAUUCCCCCAACACGGAUGAUGAGAUUUUGGUCCAAAAAAGUUCUGAAUAGGGAUAUCAAGAUUGCUCAGAGUACAGGUUACAGCUACAUGUCUAUGCAUACAUUGUUUCCAUAUUUACGAGAAGUUACACUCCAUCCGUACUUGAUGCCUGGUGCUGAACCUGAGCCGUACAUAAUGGGCCAACAUUUGGUGGAAGCCAGUUCGCGAAUGAUUGUGUUAGAUAGUCUGCUUACCAAACUGAAAAAUCGUGGAUCACGCGUUCUAAUUUUUUCGCAGUUUGUUAUGGCGCUUAACAUUAUUGAUGAUUAUCUGGUGUGGAAAGGAUAUAAAUUCUCACGGUUGACUGGAGACACCAAGUUUGAAGAAAGGCAAGAUCUUUUAGACGAUUUCAAUGCCCCUGACUCAGAUAAAUUCAUUUUCAUGCUAACGACCCGUGCUGGUGGCGUUGGAAUCAAUUUACCUACUGCCGACACGGUUAUCUUUUUUGACAUAGACUGGAACCCACAGCAAGACUUUCAAGCCGAAGACAGAGCCCAUCGAAUCGGCCAAAUGAAGCAGGUACAUGUGUUCCGUUUUAUUAUUCUGGGGACCGUUGACGAAUCUUUGUACAGAUAUUCGAAUCGCAAGCAAGCGCUAGACAAGGCUCUUAUCAAGAAAAGUAUGGGCGAGGCAGAAAUGCUCGCAGCCAUCAGGCAUCACAGCGAGCAACUGGAAACUGGUAACAGUAUCGAUUUGCAGUCUAUCGAUCGACAAUUGGAAGAUAUAUUCGCCGAGGUUGACCGAGGCGACCGAAAUACUGAGGAUGGGACAUUAUUCAAAGAGGUUUACUUGAAAGCUACCUUGAAACGACGGCCCUCCGAGGAUCUGGAAUUGGAAGCGAUUCAACCGCCGACUGACCCAUUCGCUCACGAAGUGAACUUGGCCACCACCGAAACAACCGGAUACGUCUUCAGACCACGGAAGGCUAAGAAAUUGCGGGUAUAUGAGUCACUGAGUGAUGAGGAAGAGUUCUAAAACUGUGAUUUGAAAGAGCGUUAGGAUUAUCGAUUAUGUUUUGUUUGCCUACUGUUAUCACUUGAGUUCAUAUUCAUUUCAAAUAUUGACUUGUUAUACAACGUUACAUUUUAAUAACUUAUAAUUGACUUUAAUAAACCAUUUAUAUGAACAAAUAU